AUGUCAAACAGUGAAAAUGGUCCUUAUUAUGUUAUGUCCAAUACUAAAAAUGUUCAUUUAUUACGUGAAAGACAAAAAACAACGUUUGAUAUUGAAAAACUAACACAAUUUAUAUAUUCAGAUUAUUUUGAGGUUGAUGCAAGAAGAAAAUUAUCUCGUCAAGCCUAUGACCAUCCAAUUCAUGAUACCCAUUUACCCCUGGAAUAUUUAGAUUCAAAUGAUUAUUAUGAAACAUUGGUAAGAAAAUCGAUUAUAGCAACGGAUGAAGCAGAAAAAUUAGGUAUUAGCGAUAGCAAACAUUUAAUGUGGUAUCUAGGUGCAUUUACAGAGGAACGUGUUGCAUUUAGUUUACAUUUACGAAUGUUUGUACCCACAAUCGUUAUGAUGGCGACAGAUGAGCAAUAUCAACAAUAUUUAGAACUGGCUAAAAAAUUUAAAAUAAUUGGCACAUAUUGUCAAACAGAAUUAGGACAUGGUUCAGAUUUACGACGUUUGGAAACAAUAGCUGUUUUUGAGCAUUCAUCUGAUAGUUUCAUUAUUGAUACACCUACAAUAACAGCGACAAAAUUUUGGCCUGGAUAUUUGGGUAGAACAGCCAAUUAUGUGAUACUCAUGGCACAACUGUAUACAAAUGGAAAAAAUUGUGGAUUACAACCAUUUUUGGUACAAAUUAGAGAUUUUAAUACACAUGAACCGCUGCCUGGUAUUGAAGUUGGUGAAAUUAGUGGUCGUUUAGCACACGAAGCGGGCGAUAAUGGAUAUCUACGUUUAACCAAUGUUCGAAUACCACGAAAUCAAAUGUUGAUGCGUUUAGCUAAUGUAGAUAGAAAUGGUAAUUUCACUCGGCUAGGUGAUUCUCGUUUAGUUUAUGCGACAAUGUUAACGAUGCGUGUUUCUUUGUGUGCCUAUAAUGCAAUUUUACUGGCAAGAGCAACAACAAUUGCAAUUCGAUAUUCGGCUGUGCGUUAUCAAGGUCAAAAUGAUAAAGGGAAUGAAAUGCAAAUAUUGGAUUAUCCGCUUCAGCAAGAUAAAUUAUUUCCAUGUCUAGCAACAUCUUAUGCUUUUAUUUGUUCAUUUUCUCGAUUAAAUCAGAUUUAUGAAAAUGUGAUGGCUUCAAAACCCGAUGAAAUUUUACAACAAUUGCCAGAUAUUCAUUCGUUAUCAGCUGGUUUAAAAGCGAUGACUUCUUCUAUCAGUGAGCGUAUGUCUCAGAUAUGUCGUCUGAGUUGUGGUGGUCAUGGAUAUUUAAUUUCCAGUGGAUUAGUUGGAAUUCGGCUAAUAUUAGAUGCGGGAUGCACUUAUGAAGGCGAUAAUAGUGUAUUAUUACAACAAACAGCAAAAUAUUUAUUAAAAAUGUAUCAACAGUGUGAAAAUGGAGAAGAAUUAAUAUCACCAACUGUCGCUUAUUUAAAAGAAACAGCAACUAUAUUUUCACCGAUUAGCAAUAUUAGUAAUUUAGAGUAUUAUUGUAAGAUAUUUGAACUAAGAGCGCGGAGACUCAUUAAAGAUAUGUACACAAAACUGUUAGAAAUAGCUGCAUCUACAUCGCAAUCACCAUAUGAAACAUUUCUUGAAAACUCAAUAGAACUUGUUCAUAUAGCUAGGUGUCAUAUGGAAACCUUUAUUAUUCGUUCAUUCUAUGAUAAAAUUAAAGUUACAUCUGACUCAUCAGUUCAAAAUAUUCUUAAUCAAUUAUUCGAAUUAUUUGCAGUGUAUACAUUAUUACAAAAUCAAACAUAUGAUUUUGUUAAAUUCACUAUACUAUCAGCAGAUACAAUUGAACUACUAAAAAAACGUUACCAACAAUUAUGCACUAAGAUUAGACCAAAUGCUGUUGGAUUAGUCGACGCAUUCGAUUUUCACGAUAAGGAAUUGAAUUCAGUACUUGGUCAGUAUGAUGGCGAUGUAUAUGAAGCUCUGCUUGAACGAGCAAGAUUAAAUCCGUCCAAUAAAACAAAGAUUCAUCCAGCAUGGAACAAUAAUUUGCUGUCAUUAAUGAAAGAAAGAUCGAAGUUAUAA